AUGACCGCUAACGCAGAUUUUUAUGAAGCCACUUAUGCAGUGCCAAUGCACUGCACGGACUGCACUGACGAUAUCAAGAAGUGUCUGAAUGGCAUAACCGGCAUCAAGGACUUGCAGUUUGACAUCAGCCAGCAAAUGAUGAGUGUGAACAGUUGUGUUGCGCCCAGUGUUAUCAUCAAUGCGUUGCGUGACUGUGGCCGUGAUGCUAUUAUCAGAGGCGCGGGUAAGCCUAACAGCUCUGCGGUGGCGAUCCUGGAGACGUUUGAAGACGUUGACUUGAAGAAGGACACAGCUGUACGUGGGCUAGCUAGAAUUGUGCAAGUUAGCGAUCAGAAGACGCUAUUCGACGUUACUGUGAAUGGAGUACCUUUCUCCGGCAAGUACCAAGCGAAGAUUCACUCCAAUGGUAACAUAUCUGAAGGUGUCAAGAGCACCGGGGAUGUCUACUACAAGUUCGAGGAACCGAUCGAGUGCAGCGACGCCAGCGACCUCGACAAGAGUCUGUACAGUGGCCAGAACUUCGUCAGCGCACCGCUACCGAUCUGGGACCUGAUCGGCCGCAGCUUUGUCAUUUUCAGAGAGGGCGAGCCCGCAUACGACAUCGCCGGUGUAAUUGCCAGAAGCGCAGGCGUGUGGGAGAACGACAAGCAGGUGUGCGCCUGCACAGGCAAGACCGUCUGGGAAGAGAGAAAAGACGCUUUGAAGAACAACAUCAAAUAG